AUGAGGGUCUGCUCUGUGUCAUCACUCUGGCUGCUGCUGCUGUCGGAAUCACUCAAGUCUUUGAACUACGAGUCAUCCUCAAAGAAGAGGGGCAGGCUCCUGCAGGCAACUGAGAACACCAUGGCUCUGAAGAAGUCCCUCAUCUUGUUUCCCAUGCUGGCUCUGAUUCUGCGGGUGCUGCUGGGGUGGGUCCGUCCUUCCCUGGCCCAGGAACCAGGAGCUAUGAGGUUCAUAAGAGAGCAUAUUGACCCACAAGUUCCCUUCACAAGCAACACAACCUACUGCGAUGUCAUGAUGGUGCUUCGGAAUAUGACUCGAGGUGCCUGCAAGGAAGUGAACAACUUUGUGCAUACGUCCCUCCCAGAGGUCAAUGCUGUCUGCCAUAACGAUUUCACUAAGUGCGCGAAUGGGUCAAGAGUCUGCCAUCAGAGCAGCUCCCCCAUGAUACUCACACAUUGUGUCCUGAAAAGGAGCUCCAAAUACCCCAACUGUACAUAUUGGUCCAAUCCAAUUGCAAAGUACAUCGUGGUGAUCUGUGAUGGGAACCCAUAUGUGCCUGUCCACUUUGACCGUUGUAUUUCAACCUAA